AUGAAUAGUUUGGUGAGUACUUUAAGCUUAUCCGAUAGAUUGGUCGGCAGAGAUGUGCCUUUGCUCAAUGAGCGAUGUUAUUACGAAUCACCGGCACCUAAUCGUACAAUUACAUUUGCUCCAUCACGAUUUAGGGAUGGACCAGUGUUUAAUCAGCGUCCAGGCCAUCUUCGUGACUUUUCGCGUAGAAACUGUAAGAGAAAGAAGAGUUCUUCGAGCGUUAAUGGAAAGCAACAGGAUAGGAUUAUAGAGGAUGGGGAUUAUAAGAGACGAGUACAACUUUUUGGAGACUGUUGA